GUUGUUGUUACUUUUAGUGUUCUUUCUCGAUCGAGCUCAAUCUGCAAGUCCUGCGAAUAUGUGGCUGAUAUUUGAAUUGUUCCUAGUGUGGCUUAAAGUCAUUUACUACUGGGCUGAAGCUGUUUUCCGGGCAGUUGUGCGACCACCGAAAAAAAACAUCGAAGGACAGAUCGUGUUGAUCACAGGUAAGAAUUGAUGCCCCCGGGGGACGAAAACAAAAACAAGUUGACGCUGAAGUCACGAACAGACCGAACGCGAUUUUCGAUCAUUUCCUCGACGGAUAAGCAUGAGGGUGUUUUAAAAUUCUUUUAUCAUAUUAAAUGUUUAACAGGAUUCCCAGACCUUUGUAAUCGGCAGUUCUAUAAUAUUGCAAUUUAUCGAUCUAGCGCUCGAGUAGCCUCUGUUGUAUUCGGCUGUGGGGGGAGGGGGGUAGGGGAGUAGGGGGAAGGAACAGUACAGGCGGAUCUUUUCAAGUAUAUCAAAGGGUAAAGACUUCAUGAAUUUAUUUAUACAAAAGGAUAGGAAAUCUGUCAUAAUGGUGUUAAAAACGGCUUUUAUAUAACCAACACCCUGUUUGUAAACUGCACAUGGAAAUUAGAUGGGAGAUAAAAACUUACCGGUUCUUUUCUUGAAUCUGCAGUUUACAAAUAAGAGUGUGGGUUAGCUAUGGCUUUAAGUCAAAAUAUUUAUAACAGACACACCUGAUAUACCUUGGAUGGACCUCAGGUCACAGCGCCCUUGUUAAACUCUGUUGACUACCCCCUGCGCCUGGGGUUCAGUGUAUGGUUGGUUGUUUACAAGUGGAACUUAUAAUCUGCAAUGACUCAGAGACUAAAAUAUGUGUUCCAUGUAUAGGAGCUGGCGGUGGAAUCGGUAGAAAGUUGUCUCUUGAGUUUGCUGCUCAUGGUGCUAAGCUUGUCUUGUGGGACAUCAACAAAGGUACAUUUGACAAAUUAUGUUAUGAUUGUUUAAAUUUAAAGUACAUAGAGAUAAGAACAAAACCAAAAAUUUAAUCCAAUUUUCAGUGCCAGUGCUUUGUUUUUAUUUUAUUUAUUUAUAAUUUAUUACUAUUUUAUCAUUAGUUUCCUUGUAUGUGUUUUAACAAGCUAAUUCUAUUUACUGAGAAGAAUUAUUAUUGAUAACAGCAGUACAAUAAUAAUAAUAAUAAUAAUAAUAAGAAGAAGAAGAAGAAGAAGAAGAAGAAGAAGAAGAGUGAUGAUGGUUGUCGGAAACUGUUGUCAGUAAUAUUUGAUUAUUAUCGCUUUCAAUUAGUGCUAUUGAAUCUGUCAAGAGCUAUUAGUGAGACAUGCAAGUUGUAGUUAAUGUAAGCUGAGAAGAGAAUCUUGUGACGUAAUUGAAACAUUCCAGUAUGGGGCGUAUUGACCAGCUUUCUGAUAUAUAAUGGAAACAAUGUAUGUGCGGUAUUAUAUAUCUUUAGAGAACAAAUUUUACUUGAGUGAGAGAGAUUUUUAUGUCAUGUAAUCAACCAAUAAAUUAGAAACCGAGAAUAUCGUGUGUUUUUCCAUUUCCAAAAAUGGUGAUGAUGAUGAAGAUGAUAGUUACAGCUGUAGCUUAAGGCCUCUGAAUUUCUUUUCUAUAAUAGACACAAAUGAGGAGACAGCUGCCCAGGUGCGAGCACUAGGAAAAGUAGCUCACACUUAUGUUUGCGACCUUAGCAGUAAAGACGACAUUUACAGAGUUGGUGCUAAAGUGCAAAGAGAAGUGGGUCCAGUGGAUAUACUGGUGAAUAAUGCUGGGAUCUUGAGUGGAAGAAAGCUUUUAAACUUAAAGGAUGAAGAUAUUGAAAGGACCAUGAAAAUCAACACUUUGGCUCACUUUUGGGUAAUUUCAAAAGUUUUUCAAUACCAAAUGUUGUUUUAUUACCAGUAAGAUUAAUUAAUCUAGUGAGUUAUUUUAAUUAUUAAAAUUAGAAGAAUUUAUUGGUCAAGCCAGCUCUACUUUAGCCUGUGACUGUAGAUGAUUUCUAGAUAUCAACUCUCUUACCAGAAGUUGGGUUUGCAAGCAUGCCUUACCUAUUACUAACUGGAGUGAAUUAGGAUAGGCCUGUUUGGACAUUGAUUAACUUAUUAUGACUUGAUCUUAACAAUCAUAAAUUUGUGUAUGGUUGUGACAUGAUGCAUAACAUGCUGUUACGUUGUUGAUUCCCCAUAAUCAUGGGCAGAUUUAGGGGUCGGGUCAGGGGACCUUGCCCCCCCGCCUUUUUUCUAUUAUUUUUAAAGAAUUCUCAGAAAAUUUCAUUUUGUUUGCAGACUAUAAGAUCAUUUCUUCCAAGAAUGCUGGAAAGAAACAAGGGUCACAUUGUAAACAUUACCUCACUUGCAGGCACCUUUCCAACAGCUAAUCUUACUGAUUACUGUGCAUCAAAAUUUGGUGCGACGGGUCUCAAUCAUUCAUUGGCACUAGAGCUUCACCAGAUGGGAAGAGAUGACAUUAAACUGACCUGUGUUCAGCCAUAUACGGUGAAUACAGGAUUAGUAUGGCAUCCAGAGUCGCGGUAAGUCAGUAUUCGCAACCUUCUCUUCUUACAGAGAUCAGUUCUGCUAAUAAUAUUAGUAUUAAUAUAAUUAUUAUUAAGUCCAUCAUGUGUUCACUGCUAUAAUCCAGCUACCCACCCUUCCUAGCACUCUCAAGCCUGCAAAGGUCUGUCCUAACCAAUCCUAGCAAAUAGUAAUUCCAGAAAAUACCAAUACUUCCCCAACAGGGGAGUUUGGACAUUCCAUAGAGACUUAAACACUUAAAAAAUUAAAAUGUAUGUUCAAGAUAAAUUUGAAUUCUCAGAAGGGAACAAAUCUCUAUCAUGGGGGGAAGGAUGGGGGGUGUUAUAGAUAUUUUUUGAAAUAGACAAUAGAUUAUAAUAGGUCAGUUGCUGGAUGGGUGACCCAGCCUGUAAUGUACUAUGUCAUUUGAACCUCCAUGUGGAACCUUCUAACAAAACGCCAAAGAUUUUGCCAGUCAAAGGUUUAAUAAGGAAGUCAACAACUUUGCACGUGCAUCACAUUGUUUUUCUACACUUCAAAAUUUCAAAAGGGUAAGGGGUCAGACCUCGGGAUGUUCCUCCCCAUAUAAACCUUUGUUGAGUACCCCCUCCCCCUGCCCCUGAGCAUCAAAUUGUUUUGAAAGUGUACAUUUAGAUUCGUUUUUCAGUAGCCACUUGGUCCCAGCUGGGUGGAAGAAACAAGAACAUCUAUUAAAUUCUUAUCGCAACUGUUCUCUUGUAGUUUUCCAUCUUUGUACCCUACGUUGGAAGUAGAUUACGUUGCCAAAGAGAUUGUUGCUGGAACACUGAGAGAUGAGCCUCUUGUUGUUAUUCCACGGGCUGUGGUUUUGAACUAUGUUUUGGCUGGGUGAGUAUAUAGAACUGAAAGUUGUUCAUCAUGUAUUUUCUUCAAGACUUUUCUUGCUUGCACUAUUCACAUUUUAACAUUCUAACUAUAAGCAUCAUGAUACAUUGAUAACAACAACGACAACAAACAAUUUGCAGAAAAUAAUAAAUGAUGACAAACCAGUAUUAAAAGUAAAAAGUGCAGAGUUCGGUUAUAACGUGCAUCACACUUUGUUGGACAUUUUUUCUUUGCCGUCACUGCACAACUACGAAGUAGAGAUGCCUAAUUUCACGUUUAAUGGAAGAAUGAUGAUGAUGAUGAAACUUAAUUACCGGUAAGGUGUUGAAAGAAGCCUCCUAGCUUAGGUUAAAAACCUAUGCUAAUUAGGGGACACAAAAUAAAUAAAUAUAAAUUAACGUAAAAAAAAUAUUUACAUAUAAGCGCAGGUAUAAAAAAAUUAAUGACAUUAAAGAAAUGAACUUGAACUUGGAUCUUCGGGUUCUUGGGAAUUCAAUUUCAGAAAAGUUCGCCUAUUUUGGACAAAGUAAGAGAGUUGGUCACCCAAAGCCGUAACAAAAUGUUUGUCUUGUCAGGAAGGAAAAAUUGUCAAUCCGAUGCACUACGUUGACUGUUAAUGCCUUUAAGUACUAUGUGAAAGUUCAAAAUUAUACUGAGUCACAUUGGCAUUUGAUCUGUCCGGUCAUCAUGACUAAGCGUACGUAGUCUAAGUACAGGAGGGAUAACGUUGGUUGUGGGAAAAUUUUAGACGGACAUUGACUGACUGAAUGACUGACUAAAAUUUGUAGGUAAACAUACCUGUGAUGGAAAUUAGGCUGGCGCUCUAACAUUCCCACGUGCAUUGCCCUCCUUUGUGAAACUCUCCUAGCUCAUGAACCACUUAACAUUGUGUCAUAAACCUUUCUUGUCACCCUCAAAGGAUAUUUUUAUUGUUAACGUGCCCGUUCCACUACCACCCCCGGCCACGCCCUCUACCCAACAGAACUUCUCCAAUACUAUGACGGAUCUUGGCUUAUGUGCUACUUUUGUUUUGCGUUCCAGGCUUAUGCCCAUUAAAGCAGGCUAUGUUUUACACGACUUUCUGCGAGUUGGAGUUGGAGAACACUUUCCAGGAGAAGAGAAGAAAGCGGACUGAUAUUUUCAUUUACAGUAGUGCCCAGUCCCCUUACUUAUACUCGGCUCUGGUUUUGUGUAUGCUGAUAAAGUUUUUCCCACAUUUUUUUUAGUUAGAAAUAACAAGUGAUCCGUAAUAGAACAUCACAGAUGUACAUCUGACUUCAAAGCGGAUUUCUUCAUAUAAACCAAAGCGGUUAAUCCAUCCUCGCUAUUGGAGAGCAGACCUCCUUUCAAAAAAGAUAAGGAAGUCUUUUUUUAUAUAAUCAAAACAGCAAAAUUUUCAGGAGUUUCCAUCAAAUGGUUUAAAUAGUCGGACUAGCCUGAUUAUAAUAAACGAGUUAAAUUUUGCUGACUAUGGAGUUCAUAGGACCGACCAAACGCUGAUGCGCACCGUGGUAGAAAUAAUAGGCAGGUUUGACAGUUUAAGCAACGGCAGCAAGAGUUUCGAAAAAGCAAUAGAUAUAAAGAGAAAAAAAAAGUUUUCACGUACAGCGCGCUUUUUUAUACAUUCACUUGCAACGUCUCUACGAGGCGACCACAACUGAAAUUUUCAUUAUGCGACGUUUUAAUAUGUGGGACGAUAUCAAACAAAAAAUAAUUUUUCUUUCUCUUUCUAAACUUGGGUGCGGUCCCAAGAAUUCAUCUACAGGCAAAUUCACACACCUUUGACAUGAAUUUAAGUGAGUUGGAAUAUGACGAAUAUACGCGGCACAGUUUGAAAAACACGCGAGUUUAUUUUUAAUAAAGACGUUUUCCCUGC